AUGGCAGCACCGGAUGAAGAUGACAUCGACAUAGAGACCCUACAGGCUCAGAUAGACAUGUCCUUAGCAUUUGCGCAGGACCUCGUUUCAUCUUGGAUAAAACCUCUCAAAUCAUCUGGCUAUUCCAAGCCGAAUAACUCUAAAGACACGGAGAAAGAGCUCGAAGAGCUCCUCCGCCGACCUCCAAGGCUUGGGGUAGGUGCACCCCUUCCAGAUUCGACACACCCAUCUGGUCGAGAUGCGGUCAAGCUCAAAAAUAAACUAGCGGGCAAGAAACGAUCUCAUGCAGCUGAUGAUGACCGCGAGCCUGUGUCCAUGAAAUCAAAGACACAGGAUAUGGAUGAAGAAGACGAGGAGGAGAGCAGGUCUGGUGCGAUUCGGAAGAAGGUCAAGAUCGACCCCUUUGCGACGCAUACUAAGAAGAAGGGGAAAGCGAAGGCGAUUUUGGCGGUGCAGGCAAAGACGGACAAGGAACUAGCCCAACCGAGACAAAGAGUGGAUAUUAGCAGCGUGAGUGAGGCAAAUGAGCCUCAAGAGAAGGAAGACGUGGUCAUGGGCGUCGAAGACGAUGCAGAGAGUAUGCACAUGAAGCAGCAUGAGCAGAAAAAGAGAAAGAAAAAACGGAAAAAGUUGCAUGGUGGAGACGAGGACAUUUUGCGUGUGAGACCUGUAGAUGGUACUUCAGCACCUCCAAAACCUGUCUCCUCCGCCAAUCAGUCAAUAUCCUCAAUCAUAACCCCCAUCGCACCCGGAUUGAAUGAUAUCGUGUCAUCUGAAUUCCGCCCUCAAUAUCAGACGUCACCACCGAAGUCAGAUAAGGCCAAGCCCCAAACGUUAUCCUUCAAACCGCACUUCGUCCUUCCUCCCUCGAACAGUGAUGCCCACCCCGCUGUUCCCGUCCUUAACCUAUCUGGUCCCCCAUUGGAGCCCAUUGGUGCAUUAGGAUGCCACACGUCCCUGAAAAAGAAGCGGAAGCGGAAAAAGAAGAAACGAGGCAUCGACGGGGAUGGUGCUAUUGGAGGUGGUAGUGACGGUGGCGACGGUGCUGAUGCCUCUUGAGGGGACCAUAACUAUUGCUAUUUCAUUGGAUUCCAUGUCAUCAUGUUGUAAAAUACAUGCAUCUGCUGCAAUGUCCCUGUAGGCUUUGGAGCUAAUUAUCACUGGCUAUUAUAAUAUU